GGGCACUCCUCAGAAUUCUGUUCCCAUUGGGGUCCUCUGAUAAUACCCAGUAAUGUCCAGCAUUCCCAGAGAAGUCCCAGGUCUCAUCCUGCCAUGGAGAUGAGUUCUCUUGGGAUCCAACUAGGAUAUUUUCACACACACAUAAUUUAAGACUUGGUCUUGUCCCCAAAGGGAUAUGGAGAACAGACUAUGUCCUUCCUGUGCACAGCUGCCCCUUGUAUGCUUGAAAUUUUUUCCUGCAGCUUUCCCCUUAGCUGGCUGCUCUUUAAAGGGAUGGCCCUGCUCCUCCAGCUGGGUCCUGUGGAGCUGUGCAACUCUACACCCUUCCCUCCCUGGCCAGCUGGCACUUCCCAGCACUGUGCCAAGCCAUCAGGUAAUUUCCCACAUCUGGCAAAGUGAUGGCUGUGUUUGACCAGCUUGCUCAGACAUGCCCAUCCCUUGAGGGUCACUCGAGCUGUUCACUGACCCUCCUGGAAGAGGUCCUGUCCCAGGCUUUGGUCCCUCACCUGCACUGCUGCUGUUUGUUACCCUGAGAAUGGUUGGGCUUCACCUAUGCUGGCUUCAGCUUGCUCAGCCCUGGACAUGCCAUCCAGCAUGUCUUCUACAUUAUUCUAUUCUUCUAUUCAUCUUCUGUAGUCCCACGAGAAACAAGAGUGGCUCCUGCAGAUCCUGGUAAACCUGCUGGAGACAGAGGCAUUUGCAUUGUCCUUCUGGACAAGAGUCUUUUAUCCCCAGAAGGUCUCUGAACCCUGUCAAUACCAUUCUGAUUUUCCAUUCUGACCUCUCCAGUGCUCUUUGGUGUCAACUGCAGCUGUUAGUGAGCAGCCUCUCUGCCCCAUCCCUGAGGUCCCCAGUGAAUCAGUGACGGGGACUGACCCUCAUGAACAGCCCAACAUGUGCCACUGCCUCUGCAAACCCUCUGCUCCCAGCUGGAAACAGUGUCCAGGGCAGUGUCACCAGUCCUGCUCACACCUAGGUCUUUCUGCUUUUUUUGACAAAAUGUGUUGGUGGCAGGUUGGGGCUGGGUGCUCCUGUCUCCGCUCAGUGCCUCUGUUGCUGUCCUCAGCUGCUGGGCUUGAAGAAGCAAACCUGGCCUUGGUGCACAGGGGACAGAGUUCCAAGAGGCUCCUUGUGUCCUGCCUGGUGCCCCCCGGGCUCAGCAACAGUGCUGUGCCCUGGCAGGGCAGGAGACCCUCCAGCCACCACAAGCAGUGGACUGGCAUGAGGUUGAGCAUGAGCGUGGGACCUAACUGUGGUGGCCCUGCUCCUGCACCACCACCACCACUAGCACCUCUGUGGGUUCUGCCCCCUGUGCCUGCAGCUCUGCUCCCAGCACAGCCAUGGAGACAGUGCUGCUGGAAGAGCAGACCUGGAGUUCACCGGGACCGAAUGCCACAGGACACAAUGGAGGCACAUCCCCUGUGCCAUAUCCCAUACUCCCAUGUGGCACAGCCCCAACAGCCUGCCCUGCCCCACACAGGGGCCUCCCUAAUUUCUUGGGGGUUGUUUUUCUUCCUACCCCAUCCUCCCAGCAUGCCAGUAGCCACAAGGGCAGGACAUACCACCUAUCUGAUAGGAGCAGUCUCUCUUGGCACUGCAGCCGGCGGCAGAGGGGCUGUGGCAUUGUGGUUUCAGGCACAGGGAAGUGCUGGUGAUGGGGCGGGGGGAGCCCCCCAGCCAGGCUUCCUGAGCUGCACAGCCACCACUUCCCAGAUAAAGGUAUCGCCCAGAGGAGCCGCAGCAGCUGCCAGGACACUGGGAAGGGCCGAGUGCGGCACGUGUGGCUCCAGCACACGGGUUGCAGGAUGGCAGCCUGCCUGUGCCAGGGCUGGCAGCUCUCGCUGCUCCCUGCCAUCCUGCUCAGCCUCCGCAGCCCACCGUCAGCCCCUGAGCCAGUGACAUCCCAAGACGCUGCACUGCUAGCAGGCCUGUCCGAGGACAUACUCUGUUUUUCCCGCUCCUUCGAGGACCUCACCUGCUUCUGGGAUGAGGAGGAGACAACAACUGGGAUGUGCCACUUCUACUACUGGUACAGCAGGGAUGCGCCCACAGCGUGCAUGGUCUCCACGUGGCACCAUGGGACUGGCGGGAAGCGACAUGUCUGCGUCUUCCCCAGCCAGGACGUGCGGCUCUUCACCCAGCUCCACCUCCGUGUCCUGAAUGCCACCACAAACCACACAAAGUAUUGGCGGGAGCUCAGCGUGGAUGCAGUGGGUCUCAUUGCUCCCCCAGUGAACAUCACAGCCCGCUGGGCUGGGGCUGCAGGGCAGAUCUGUGUGUCGUGGCAGCCACCACUUGCUGACUUCCUGAACUUCUUCCUCUACGAGGUGCAGUGCUGCCCUGCCAGCUCCCCAGGGAUGCCCUGCAGCACCACACUGAAUCCCGGGGGGCAGCACCCUGGAGACCCCUCCGUCCAGUCCACUGUCAGCACUCACACACCCAAGGCUGGAGAAGCCUCCCCAGGAGUGGGGCAGAGGCUGGUCCAGGCCAACACCUGGGUGGUGCUCCGGGACCUGCAGCCAGGGGUGAGGUACCACAUCCAGGUGCGCAGCAAGCCCGACGGUACCUCCAUGGACGGCGUCUGGGGGCCCUGGUCGCAGGCAGUGACUGCAGAGACGCCCCACUCCUCCGGUGAGCAGCCGUCCCCUCUGCAGGGGUGCUCAGGGGCUGCAGCGGGUGGGAGUCCUGCUGUAGGUGAGGUGCAACACCCAAGUUUUGGGGGGCCAAGGGGAAGCAGCCCCUUCCCUGCCCUGGCUCUCGCCUGCCCAGGAGACAUCGGGCUGUGCUGCAGUACUCCUGACCUGCGGCAUGUGCACUGCGAGUGGAGCUGGGACCCUGCAGAGCCCCACAGCUCCCACCAGCUCUUCUACCGGCCACCUCCAAGCGGGGCUGGCACAAGGGAAGACGCAUGGCAACAGUGCCGGGAGGUGAGCAGGGGGGCACAGAGCACCCAUGCCUGCACCUUCCAGCCCAAGGCUGGCAGUGCCAUCUCCGUCCUGGUGAAUGUCACACGGACCCACAUGCUGCCCACGCUCAGCUACUUCAAAGAACCCUUUUGGCUGCACCAGGCUGUGCUCACAGAAGCCCCACAGCUUGUGCAGGCGACGGUGUCGCAGGGCCGGCUGAGCCUGCAGUGGCUGCCGCCCCUGGAGCUGCUGGCAGAGCAGCUGGACUACCAGGUCCGCUAUGCCACGGAGAACAGCCAUGACUGGAAGGUCCUGCAGGUUCCACGAGCAGCUAGGAAAGAAGUCCUGGACCUGCGACCAGGCACCCGCUACCACGCCCAGGUGCGGGCGCAGCCCAGCGGGCCGUGGUACCAGGGCAGCUGGAGCGCCUGGUCCAAACCUGUUGUGGUUGAUGCCAUGGCUGAUGCGGGCUGGCUCAUCCCCAGCGUUGCGGUGGUGCUGCUGCUCUUCUCAGCAGUGCUCCUGGGGCUGCGGUGCACCUUCCCCUCCCUCUACAGCAACGUGAAGGAGAAACUCUGGCCACCUGUUCCUGACCUGCACCGUGCUCUGGGCAACUUCCUCCAGGAGAGCAGCAAGCACGGCCAGGACAGCGCCUUCGACAAGCAGCCGCCGGAGGAGGCCGUCGUGCCCUGCCUAUUGGAGGUGCUGCCCGGCCCGCGGCGCGAGGCGGGCCCGCCACCGGAGCACGCUGGGGGCCGCCUGUCCAGCACCGACAUCGCCAACCAGUCCUACCUGCUCAUGAGUGGCUGGGAGCCGCGAGGAACCACGACCGCCCCCACCCCGCCAUAAACGCGUGUCCCCACACAA